AUGACUGCUUUGAAGACUAUAGUAAAGUGCUGUGGGUUAACUUUCACACCUGAAUUGUACACUAAGCCAAGAAACACCUUUGGACAACUUUUCUGUGGCUCAUUAGAUAUUUUUGGAAUCCUAUGUGUUGGCCUGUACCGCAUGAUAGAUGAUGAGGAUCACAACCCAGAACACAAAAGGUUUGUGAUUACCCGGCCAGCCAACGAGUUUAAUCUGCUGCCCUCAGAUCUUGUAUUUUGCGCUAUCCCUUACAACACUGCUUAUUACAAAAAGAAUGAUGCUUCUGAAUCCCAAACUCAGUGUGAAAUUAUUAAUGUGGUACCACUGGCACCAGAGAUGCAAUCACAUACAAACUUUCCUUCUACAAGGGGCUCUGUGGAAGAGGGCACAUCACAGCCACGGCAUUCCCCAGUCCGCCUCUGAAGCCAAGACUGUUCUGAGUUUCUAAACUUCAGGAAGCAGUGCUGAAUCAGAGUGGUAAACUGCCACUCCAGAAACUUCUAGAUGAAAAAGUAAAAGAAAAUGGAAAGGAAAAUAUGAAGGAACUUCUAAGUGAGGAUGCUCUUCAUAGUCCAUGCUAAACUAGACCAAUCGAUACUCUCCACAUGCUCUCAGCCUGCUACUAACAAAGCAUCUCUAGAGAUAAAGACUUCGAAUCAGGAAAAUAAAAUGGAAGCAUGCCAUGUUUGUGCCCAUUUCUUAGUGGUUGAUCAGCAAGCUCACACUGUUUUGAAAGAGACAUAACUCUAAUCUUGUCCCACUGGAUCUGGUAUGAUGAAAAUAUGAGAAAUGUCAUUAAAGAAAA